AUGGCUUGGCCAAUGAUCGGAGUCCUCCAGAAGCGGGCCAUUCUUCCGAUUCCUUCCAACUCCCAGGGACAACUCGGCCCGAUGAAAGCUACCGCCUGUAAAAAUCAAUUUGAAAUUGUUCGCAUUGAAAUAAGAAAGGAUUGAUGUUGGCUACACUACAGUUGGAUCAAACUCGGAAAACCACUUGGUCAUUCGAAGAAAGGUUGAAGGCGGCGAUGAGCCCAAAGGUGUCGGAUGUGCCAUGGCAGCUAUCCGAUCUGAUCAGUCUAAAAUUGGAUGUUUAUUAGACUGA